CUUCGACUGCGCACCACACCCUCCAGUUUUUCCUUUAACGUUCGAGAUGUCCCGCGCUACGCUCUCGCUCGCUCUGGUUGCAACUACUGCACUCGUCGUGAACGCCCGUCCGACCUACGUGGCUCUCCUCCCCAAUGGCGACAACGUUCCAGGCGUUGCGGCUUUGGGCCACAUUAACCCAGCAGGCGGGGGUGCCAACAACGACUUCGGCCUCGACUUUGCGAGCGCUGGCAAGUCGUGGACGAAGGAGUUUUGUGAAAAGGACUCGGACGGCGAUGGCCAGACUAACGGCCAGGAGCUCGGAGACCCGUGCUGUGAGUGGGCCGAGAGCUCGAACGCCGUCGUCCAGUGGAAGGAGGGCCUCUCUCACCCUGGUAACGCGACGUCCAAGUCCGAUCCAUCUCUGUGGGCCAACAUCUCUUGCGGUUCUUCGAAUUCGACGACGACGGGCUCCACGACGGGAUCAAGUGCCGGCACCGUGGAAGCCGGAUCGACUACCGCUCCGUCGACGGACGCCUCGACUCCUGCGACCGAUGCCGCUGCCUCGACUUCGUCUGCGGCUAGUGCUUCGUCUUCGUCGAGCGCAGCUUCAGCUGUCACUCCGGCGCUGUAUUCGGCUGUCGGCGUGGUUGCCGCAGUAGCAACCUACUUCCUGUAGACUCUUUAAAGGUAUCAAGGACAU